CGAAUAACCACCUGCACAUGUUGGGUACCAUUCAAGAUUCAAGACUAAAUUAUAAUGUACACACACAUCGUUGCGCCCUCGAUCAUAAUGGCGAGCUGCGUCUGAUGUGAACAUGCCCACUUGAAUGAGCCCAAGUAUAACGAAGGCGACUUUCUUUCUCCGCAUCACUGCACUGCAGCCAACUCCACGUGCGACAAAGUCCCAGUCAAGUCCGAACCAAUUUGAACUUCUGACGCUGCAGUGCUGUACUUGAUCUCAAUUACAAACACCGCCAACACCUCGCUUUCCAAGCACACUGCCACUACUACCUAGGUGCUCUCCUCCGGUUCUGCUCCCUCCCGGCUCUUUGGGUUUUGUUUCCAAAACCUACACAAAUCCGUUGCCCGCCAUGGCGCAAAACCAACCAUCCAAAUCCAAACCUCCCGGCCCUGGCGCCCAACAAUCCCGCAACGAAUACAUCCCCUCUUUCAUCUCGAAACGGCCCUUCUGGGCGGAAACGACCUCCGACGCAGACUAUCUCGAGCAUCAACGUCUACAGUCGGCGCCUAAGGACACACUCGACCAAGCGAAAUGGUACGACCGGGGCAAACGCGCGGGGCCCGCAGCGACCAAGUUCCGCAAAGGCGCAUGCGAGAACUGCGGCGCCAUGACACACAAGACGAAAGAAUGUCUCAGUCGGCCGAGGAAACUAGGCGCCCGCUGGACGGGCAAGGACAUCCAGGCGGACGAGGUGGUCGAGGAGGUACAGCUAGGGUGGGACGCAAAGCGAGACCGAUGGAACGGCUACGACCCUCGCGAAUACAGCGCGGUAAUCAAAGAGUACGAAGAACUGGAAGCACUGAAACGGGCGGCGGCGAAAUCAAAAGGCCGCGGAAACGACGAUGGAACCGCGGACGAUGCCGAUGGCGACGCCGAUGCCCGAUACGGCGAAGAGACAGACAUGGGUCGAUCACAACCGACGUCGACGCGACAACUUCGCCUGAGAGAAGACACGGCGAAUUACCUGCGCAACCUGGACCUAGACUCGGCGCGGUAUGACCCGAAAACACGCACCAUGGACACAGCAGCCCUCAAAGCUGCAGGCGGAGACGAACUCGACGCCGACGAAGGGUUUGUGCGACCCGCGACCGACGACGCGGCCGAGUUCGAACGGGCACAACGGUACGCCUGGGAGACGCAAGAAGCCGCGAAAUCGAACUCGACCAAGAAACUGCAUUUGCAGGCGAAUCCGACCGAAGGCGAGAUUCUGCGCAAGAAACGGGAACAAGAAGCCGCGGAGAAAAAGGCCGCCGCCCGUAAAGCCCUGCUGGAGAAAUACGGCGGGGACGAACACCUGGUCAAAGAGACGCCUGCCAAAAAGGCGCAAAAGGUCCUGGCCAACGAGCGCUACGUCGAGUACGACGACUCCGGCCGCAUCAAGGGCGAGGAGAGGAAAGUGGCCCGUUCAAAGUAUCCCGAGGAUGUGCUUGUCAAUAACCACACGUCAGUUUGGGGAAGCUGGUGGCACAAUUUCACGUGGGGAUAUGCUUGUUGUCAUUCUACCGUCAAGAACAGCUAUUGUACAGGUGAAGCCGGGCGCAUUGCUUUCCAGGAGGCCGAGGGAAUGAGGACAGGUCAAGCUUUGGCUCUGGAAGGUGGUGAGGCAGGUCCGAAAGCAGGACUGGAUGAAGAGACCAAACUCAACACCAAUAUGGAUGGAGAAAAGGACACAGUACAUCCCGAUAAGCUCGACCCUGACUCUUCAACCGCGGGCGACCGGAGAGGCGAUACCGAUUCAAACCAGCCAGCAAGAGGUCAUGCAAAGAAACGAACCUUGCAGGAAUUGCAGUCCGGCAUCUCGGAAGAAGAACUUGAAUCGUACAAGCGCAAUCGCCUGGCCGCGGACGAUCCCAUGGCCAACCUGCUUGGGAAAGACGAACUGGUUGAAAUGCAUUGAUGAACUCGGCUAGAGUGAAAAAAUUGUAAUAAAAGCUUAAUCUCAGCUACGUAUCGUCCCAUGCGUAUCAUUCCUCCCAGUUUGCUCCCUUGCUAUGUCGACACAGAAAUAGCGUAGGGACGCGGUCAAACUACCAUAUGCGAUGGUCAAAUGCAGGCACGAGAAAAACAAUAGGAUUUGUUUGGUCUACCAAUGUCUUCCACAAUGUCACGUCCAUCUCUCCAUGCUCAGGCCUGUUGCUGCACCCCUUUAUAUUCAUCCUUCUCACCUCCUCCCAGCUGGCCGUAGGCAAAGCACCCCCAGGGAACAUUGUUCCAAUGCCACCCACCGCAAGGAUUGGAGCAUACAACCGGACGCAUCAUACGUUCCCUCCUUAUCUCAUGGCAUACCCGCUCUGACCACAGCACCAACGCAUCUCCUUCGUCCUACCAGUCACUUUCGGAUCGCCGACAGCCACGAGAGCCGCAGCAACACAUCGGGCAGUGCCAUUGCUUCCAAUCCCAUCCCUUCCAUUCCCAUUCAUUCCAAUCCCUUCCCUUCCACACCUCAUAGAAGCAAUCUUCGAUCGAGUACCACAGGUGAGCCCACCCCUUGCUCUGCUCCUUCCUCUUCUCAUUCAUUACCAAAUCCCUCACCCGGGCUCGUUCGGCUUCUUCCGCUGCAGUGAAUAGAUGAGGCGCGCUCUCCAUGCUCCUCAUGGACAUGACAAGGGAUGGAGGAUACCCCGGGGUCUGUCUCAACCUGGAAAGACUGGGCAUGGCCGGCGACCUCAACCUCAUUGAGUCCCAAUGUGACUGCUCCAGGCCAGAUACAACACCAUUGCCUUGGGGUUCAGGAAUGGGUAUCCGAGGUGAGGAUGUGGGAGGCGACAGAUAGACCGCCGGGCUCGAGUGGCCAUCUUCUGAAGAACUCAACAACUCGCUAGGACGGGCUGUCCGACCGCCUGUCCUGACAUACGGCGUCUCCUGAGAAGGUGCAGCAGAGUCUUGCUGGUAGUCGGACCUGUUCAGCAUGCGCUGUGACAAGGCAUUCUCCAUAUCAACUCUCUCACAUGCCUUAUCAAUCUCUCUCACUUGUUCAUCGAUGGCGCUCAGCUGCGCGUUGCGAGCAAUGGGAUGCGCCUCAAGACUUCUCCCGCCGAUUCCAUGACCGCUUGAUCGAGGUCCGAACCUUCCCCGAACAUAGGUUCCGUCAUCUGCCAAGGCUAGUGCUCCUGAGUCGGUAUAGGAGGUCACCACAUUAGGCGGCAGAGGGGCACGUGGAUUUUCAAUCGAAAGUGGCGGAGGACUGACAACACGGGCCCUACCCAGCAUGGCCAAAGUCCGUCGAAAGAUUUCGGCAGAAGGGCUUGUCGGAGGGCUCGGAGAACCAUGGGGACUCUGCGGCCCCAAAGCUGGAGAGCCCAAAAGUCGCGGGCUCGACGGAGCCUGUUCAUCACUCUCAUGUGAAGACCCCCAAAUCCGACCCCAUAGCGACCGACCAGGCGAAUGCAGUCUCAAGAGUCUGAAUUCUUCUGCUGCGUCCGUUCCAAAAGAUGGCAGUCCAGGCGGAGUGGGGCUUCGCUCGGGAGGUCCUUGAACAGGCCGGUUCGGAAGAGUUGGACACCAAUUGCUCCGAUCGAUAUCUCCACCAGAAGACGAUCGAUCGCGACUAACUCCUGCUGCCAGACGCUUGAGGCAGUCCAGGUCAUUCAACGACAGCGAUCGAUGGUGGUGAACUGAAGUGACCGAAGGCAGUCGCUUCUUCAGCGGCCAGGGUGACGCCGAAGCUUCUUUCGGGUGUAUUGAACGGAUCGAAAGCCGAGGAUGGACAAUUUGGGACUUUCUUUUCGGACUGGCUUCUAGUCGCGGCAAAGAGCACGACGGUCGGAUACUGUCAAUGGUAUUUUGUUCUAAGACGCUCGCCAGUUGCGGCUCCGCCCAUUGACUGUGAGGGCUUGAAAAUUCUCCAAGAGGACUGCGAGGAGAUGACGAUCGGGAGGGAUGGCCAGAGGAGUCCAAGGCGUAUUCGCCCUCGAAUGAUGGUUCCAAAGCGGGCUCACUCUCGAAUGGGAGGGCCUCGCUCGACCCGACCACUUCCGCAUCAUAUAUUGAGUCUUCAUACAAAUCUCGGCUUUCCGAGGAGUCGAAUUGACGUGAGAGGGAACGCACAGAUGUUGUACGGCGAAGAGCUCUUCGCUUUCGCGGCAGAUUAGGAUUUUGAGCUGAAACAUCGUUCAUGUUGAAUCGCUUGCCGUGGAUGGCCGAGAAACACGAGCGACACCAAGAGGACGAAGGUAACCCAUGCGGCACGUGCACCCAGUCAAGACGGUCCGGCCCAUCAGGAACCGGAACGAUGGCCUUUCCUAAACGACGGACAGCGAUAUAAGUAUGUGGUGAAGAUAAGAAUGGCUGUAGUGAGAGAAACUUUCCAUUGACGGAUUGGCAGGAAAUAAUCGGAAAGUAGUAGCAUAUCCUCCAGCCGAAGAAGAGCAGCUGCGAAGAAGCAGAGGGCAGUCGCGACGGGGUAGAUUGAGUUGUAGAAACGGCAGUAGUCGUCAAGAUGACUACCAGUACGGCAAGAAGAAUUUGAUCGGAUGAUGCUAUACCUAUACCAAUGUUGGCCCGCCAUGAUGAUACCACCACCAAGAUUGCCGCUUCUUGGAUCAGCAUUGAUCCAUGUGUCGCCACGACCAUAUGCAACCGCCACAGCCACGCGGAGCGUCAGAUCUGAUAGUUCAAAGUACAGACAGCGCAUGUUCGAACACGAAGCUGCCCCGGCCGGUACGUUAUGCACGGUGACCACAAUCAUGGCUAAACCCCGAGGAAGCCAUGUGUGAGGUUAGAUCUGGUAGUUACAUACAAGUACCGUGACUCGUAUGUCAGACAACACCCGCCUAUACCAGUAAGCUGUGCACGCUACAGAAGACACAGUGAUAGAGUCAUCAUGCUUCGUUCAACCAGUAGCCUGCGGGGAAGAGAUAUCCUUAGACGAGCGACUUUGCUGAAGAUCCUUCUUUAAGCUCUUGA